AUGGAGGAAGCCUGGACCAAGACAAAGCUCUUGAUCGCCAAGGCGGUGCCCGGGGGCGCCCCGGGGGUGGCUUUUGCUCAGGUGGAUCGCCAGCCCCGGGGGAGGGGGGCGUGGUUCCUUCCGGCGGGGCAUGGCCUCUUGGCAGCCGCACUAGCUCCGCGGGCCGGACAGAGGAGAGAGGCUCCUUCCCGGGCCGCGAGGAACAGACGCGGCAUCUUCCUGGCCGCGAAGGCCGGCGAGGGGUCCUCUGGGCGCGGCACGCGAAGGGUUAAGCGCGGGGCGGGGCGGCGGCGCGAUUGCCGCGGCGCCUCCGACAAGUGCGCGCCAAGUCCGGCGGCUGAGGGGACUCCGGGCUGGCCGCUCGGCGUCGCGGCACAUGGGGCGAGCGGGAGGCGGAGCGCGCGCCGGCGGCCCAGCGGCGCGGCAGCCCGGGCGCCCCGAGGCGUGAGGAGACCCCGCCGUCGCCAGGUUGGAAAGAAGAAGGAAUUGGAAACUAGGGACAAUCCAGCUUUUGAAAUGGAAAUUCAGUUUGUGCUGCUUUUUGUGGGCGUUCUUGUGUUUGCUGAUUCUGUGAGAGGCCCACCCAGAAUUUCUGAUAAAGUGAUCCACCGGCAGUCUGUGAGAUUAGGAAGAACCAUCAAGCUCCCUUGCCCCGUAGAGGGUGACCCCCCACCUCUUACUAUGUGGAUGAAGGAUGGAAGAACCAUCCACAGUGGUUGGACGCGGUUCAGGGUCCUCCAACAAGGGUUGAAAAUCAAAGAAGUGGAAAGCCAGGAUGCGGGAACAUACAUCUGCAAAGCCACCAAUGGUUUUGGCAGCAUGAAUGUGAACUACACCCUGAUUGUGAUUGAUGAUGCAAGUUCAGGAAGAGAGAGUCUAGUGCCUGAAGUUCCCAAUAGUGAAUCUGAAGAUCAUUCUGGAAAGCUCUGGGCUCGCCCUCGGUUCACUCAGCCAGCCAAAAUGAGGAGGAGAGUGAUUGCCCGACCUGUCGGAAGUUCGGUCCGCUUGAAAUGCAUGGCUAGCGGGAAUCCUCGACCAGACAUCAGCUGGUUAAAAGACAACAAGCCUCUUAUGCCGCAGGUGAUGGGUGAGAACAAAAGGAAGAAGUGGACGCUGAAUUUGAAGAACCUGAAGCCAGAGGAUAGUGGAAAGUACACCUGCCGGGUAUUCAACAGAAUUGGGGAAAUCAAUGCUACCUACAAAGUGGAAGUGAUACAGAGAACAAGAUCCAAGCCAAUUCUUACCGGGACACAUCCUGUGAACACAACGGUAGACUAUGGGGGGACAACCUCGUUUCAGUGUAAGGUGAGGAGUGACGUCAAGCCUGUCAUUCAGUGGCUGAAGAGAGUGGAGUAUGGCACUGAGAACAAAUACAAUUCCACCAUAGAUGUUGGGGGGCAGAAGUUUGUGGUGCUGCCUACGGGAGAGGUCUGGUCCCGUCCCGAUGGCUCCUACCUGAACAAGCUCAUGAUCACAAGGGCUAAGGAAGAGGAUGCUGGAAUGUACAUCUGCCUAGGGGCAAACACCAUGGGAUACAGCUUCCGAAGCGCAUUUCUCACAGUGCUACCAGAUCCUAAGCCAGCCAGUCCUCCCGUGGCUCCUUCUGCCAGCAGCCUUCCGUGGCCAGUGAUCAUUGGAAUCCCAGCUGGAGCUGUCUUCAUCUUUGGAACAAUCGUUCUGUGGCUCUGCCAGACCAAGAAGAAGCCAUGCUCUCCUCCCGCAGCAGCGCCUAUGCACAGGCCGCACCCUCGGGACCGGGUCUGUGUGCUGCAAGUCCCCGACAAAGACUGCAUCUCCUCCAUAAACUACGAGGAAUAUGUAGGAGCCCAGCAGCAGCAGCAGCAGCAACAGCAGCAGUUGCUGAGCCAAGGGUCUGCCCUGGGCCCAAACAUGGCUUCCAAAAUGUACCCAAAGAUUUACACGGACAUCCACACUCACACGCAUUCACACAUUGAAGGCAAAGUUCACCAACACCAGCACAUUCAUUACCAGUGCUAAAAGGCUACGCGGAGUUUAUCCUGCGGUACACUCUAUGCAGACUUCUUUGAGUCAGCAAGGUGGGGGGGGGGG